UUGAAGGGAUACGAGAGAGAGAAAAAAAAGGAGGGGGUACGGUAGAAUUGUAAACAAAAGAAAAAUAACCGCCCGCGUGGAAUAAAAAAAAAACCAAACAAUGUUUGUUUCUUUUCUUUCUUUUUUUUUUUUUUAAAUUAACUAUUUUUUUUUUAUUAUCAUAAUUUGACUAUAGACAAGUCAGACUUUCCAUUCAUAAAAUGAUAAUUUCAUAUUCCUGACGGGAACUCCCCCCAGCAUCUGUCAACAUUUUUCCCGUCAGGGGCCCCUCAAUCUAACGCCGGUGAAUUUUAAUUUUGUAAACACGAGACGGCCUAGGACCCGGCGCCCCACGUGUAAUCGCGGCCACACAAAGCCCCCAGCAUUUGUGAUAGAGGAUACAGUUUCAGUUUUAAAAGCCAGAUAUUUAUAACAGAAAUGCAUUGUGACAUAAGAUAUCGGGUUGUUUACCUGCCGCUAAAUCUCGAAACUUUUUGAAGUUUUAUUUUAAUUUUUUUUUCUUUCUCUCUCUUUCUUCGUUUCUGUGGAGGAUAGAGGAAGAAAAUUUUGACACAUGAAGUUAGUGUGACGGAACGUGUGAUAAAUUCCAGGAGUUAAUUCAUAAACUUGUAUUCCUGUUUGAUGUGUGGAAUAAAAUUAUGGAGGUGAUGAAUCGAUGUUCAUGCUCUGCGCGUGCUUUAUGAAGUUUGGCUGAUGUUCCGCGAUUGAGCUGUGUCGUCUGUGUGUGCAGUGCAAGUUUUAUAAAAGCGCAGUGUGUUUGUCUUAGAAUUUAAAGAACGGAAUCUUGUUUGGUGGCCAUUAGAAGCCUUAGCUGAAAAAAAAAAAAAAAAAUUAUGAAAUGUGAUGACAUUUUUUUAUGAUUAAUCAGAAAUAUGUGAAUGUGAUCCGACUGUGUUCUGGAACAUAAAAAAACUUUAAUGACGUCACUGAUCUUAUGGCCUAAAGGACCCCCGGUAACUUGAGGAUUCCUUUCGGAAAGUACCUGCUGUUGUCUGUGAAUCCUCUUCUGGCUGACCACAUCCAGUCAUGUCUAUGACGUAACAAACUAAUUUGAAUAUUUGAUGAUGUCAUCCAAAUGUUCGGACGCUCCAGAGAAAGCCCUGGGCGGUGGUCCUUGCGCUAGGAGGUUGUGGGUGUUCUUGGUUCUAGGGUCCUUGGACAUUGUUUUUGGACUGGUCAGCGUGGGUCUGUAUUUUAACAUUCAGGCCAUCACGACGUCAGACGACCUAACGGAAGUGUUGCCGGGAUACGUCAUCUGUCUCGUGGUACUUGUGAAAGGUUGCAUCGUGCUGGUCUUGUUUUGGUGGAGGCCAUCUUGUCUGAUUUUUGUCUGUCUUUCGGUGGCUGUGGGUUGUGGGCUUCUGUGCGUGGUGCUGGCCAUUUUGUGCGUGACUCAUGUACUUCCGCCAAUCACAAACCUCGACUCAUGUACCUACGUCAAGCAGGAAUCGCUGUGUGAAUGUAAAUCAUCCUAUAAAAGAGAGGACCUUAACAUAGAAUUUCUUCCAACAGAUAAAGUAAAAAUAAAGUUUGAGAGAACCAGCAGUUGUGACGUCAUCGAAUCUGUACUUCCGGUCUUAUUGUAUUCAGAGUGUGCCCUCUAUCUGUGCAUUUUCAUCGUAUGUACCAUUGUAGCAGUGCUUACAUUCCUCAUCAUCAAGCUAGAGAAAAGAAAGAUUUUAAGGAAUGAAACAUAUGAAGAAAUUUUCACUGUCAGUGGAGGGUCGUCGUGUAGUGAAAGUGAAGGAGAACCGGAAGUAGAAACCACGCCCAUUUCUGAGGGAAAUACCGGUACCGCCAAGUCGGAUGUUCACAAUCAGAUAGGAGGUAGAAACACCUGUCCCCCAGGCAUCCUCAAAAACCAAGACAAACACGAGAUACUUGUGAACAAAGCAAUCCCCCGUUCUAAGUCGUGUGAAUCUUUAGACUUAAUUUCUAAGGUGUCGGAGACAGACUCUGUAACAAAGGGGCGUUUGAAGGAACACAGGCGGAAAGGGAGGCGUGCCGUGACGCUAAACAACCUCGAUUCAAAACAGUUGUUGUUAAUUCUAGACCUGCAGAGGAGGUACCAUGAGGAAACACGCUUGUUGAAAUCUCAGGGUAAUCUCAACCUUAUAGAACCCGGUAGCACUCCACCUAUCGCCGAUAUCGCAAUCCAAAGAAGGGCGAUAACCCCACAGCCGUGCAGGAAAGUCAACCCAAACACGUUACCUCGUUCUCAUACACCACAGCCGGGUCACGUGGGUGGUGAUAUUAGAAUGGGUGAAUUAGUACGUGAUUUACAGAACUGUAUAAAAGAAAAACGGUCGAAAAAGAAAAGCGAAGACACCGCAAAAAUAACUCAAGAAAGCGUAGGCCACCAGGCGCCCCCAGGUCAGAAUGAGGGAUAUGUUCAUAUGGCACCCCGUCCAAAAUCACGCCCGUCCGUGCAGAGGUACUUCCUUCCGCCGCAUCCAAUACAAAGAUGUAGGUCCACGUCCCCGUUUGCCGCGCCGCGCCAGAGAAAGACAUCAGCCUCCGAACAACUUCCCGCUCACCCCAUAUCACGACCGCCUGAUCCGUUUACACUAUUGCCACCCGCUCCCAUACAACGAGAUGGAUCCGCCUUUCAACUGGUAGGACAUCCACUCGGACCUAUGUAUAACAAAGGAUCAGUUUCCCACGAUGUCAUUUUCCGAACUCCCGGAGAGUUGUUUUGUGAAAACGCCAUCCGUGAUAAUUUCAAGCUUUAUGCAAGUCCGUUUAUUCUACAGAAUACGAAACAGCGGCGUGUUGACUCUGUGCCUAACGCAUAUAUUCCACCGCCAUAUUCCAAUCCGCCUUCGUACACGGAUUUUCUUUCCAGAACGGACUCUGGUCAGGAAUCCGGUUCGGAGCAUGUUUACGAAACCUACGAAAAUAUUAUAGAAACCAGGUCACCUUCAAGAACUUUCUCACAAAAACAAAAUCCUCAGAAAAAGAGCGGAAGUCUGCAAACAACUGAAAGUGAGGAUGACGUAUUCCUUCCGGUUAAAGCGGCGACAGGUGGCACUCAUUCCUCGCCCACACAACCUCAUAUCCCCGGAUAUAACGAUUCCAGUCGUCGUAGGAAACCAAAGAAACGAUCCGGGAGACAAAAACAUGCACCCAAUGAAAAAGAUCCCUGCUUGCAUCAUAGUCACGUGAGCCCUUCCAUUGAUUCCAGUCAGAAUUCGCAAGACAGCGACAACGUUUAUGCGGUCAGUGCAAAGGUCAAACCAAAAUGUGGUCAAGCUAUCGAAGCAAAAGUUAGCGUUGUGUCCGAAAUACAAAACAAACGCUCCCAGAAAUUAGAAACAAACGACCCCCCUUCAUCGUGUUCACCUCUAAGCUCCGCCAAAGUUGAUGCCGUCAUUGAAGGAGAAGAAUCUUCUGACGUCACCAAAGAUAUGGCAGGUGGGAAUGGAUCGAAUAAAUCUGAGGGUGCAUACCCUGUAAAUGUUUUAUGUUCCAGAGGUUAUUCCGAACGUCCAUCCGAGAGUUCCGGGUGUACAUAUGAGGAUGUUGAAGAAUCCUCGAUAGGAGUUUCGAGUCAAACUUCCUUGAUCUCGAGUAGCGAUGAGAUUACGCGAGAGUUCAAUAGAGCAAUAGACGAGAUCCACCCGGGACUAGGUGACCCAAGAGUCCAGGAGACUAUGAUAUGAAACAUGCGUCAUUUCCGGGACUGCGCAAUGUGUUCCUGUUUUAUACAUCUAUGUCAAGAAAUGUCCAAUUUUAGCAUGCAUAUAUAUUUCUUUUCACAGAUGUGUUCUAAAUAAACUGAAGGAAUAAUGCAAUUCGCAGCUAUGGUAUAAAUGCCAAGUUGUUUUAUUUUACGAAUGAUAAGUGUUCAAUGUCCAUGAUUUUAUGACAUUUUACUAUUAUAUUUGUUUUAUGUAUCUCUAUUCAUGUUUAAUGUUUACUUGUAAAUUAUGGAUCAAAGUCAUCUCCAUAUUUUUGUAGUAUCAUCGAAUUGUUACAUUAUACAUGAUGAAUUCAAUUCCAGAUAUGAAAAUAAACGCUAUUAAACAA